GGGGGCGCCGCUCGCAGCCCCGGAGUACGGGCGAGCGGCAGAGGCCUGCCCAGCGGCGGCCAUGGACCGCUUCGUGUGGACCAGCGGCCUCCUGGAGAUCAACGAGACGCUGGUGAUCCAGCAGCGCGGGGUGCGCGUCUACGACGGCGAGGAGAAGAUAAAAUUUGAUGCUGGGACUCUUCUUCUUAGUACACACCGGCUGAUUUGGAGAGACCAGAAAAACAAUGAGUGCUGCAUGGCCAUUCCUCUGUCCCAGAUUGUGUUUAUUGAGGAGCAGGCAGCUGGAAUUGGGAAGAGUGCCAAAAUCGUGGUUCAUCUGCACCCACCUCCAUCUAACAAAGAGCCUGGUCCAUUCCAGAGCAGUAAGAACUCCUACAUCAAACUCUCCUUCAAAGAGCAUGGCCAGAUUGAGUUUUACAGACGUUUGUCAGAGGAGAUGACACAGAGAAGAUGGGAAAGUGCGCCAGUUUCUCAGUCAUUACAAACAAAUAAAGGACCCCAGCCAGGAAGAGUAAGAGCUGUAGGAAUUGUAGGUAUCGAAAGGAAACUCGAAGAAAAAAGAAAAGAAACUGACAAAAACAUUUCUGAGGCCUUUGAAGACCUUAGCAAGCUAAUGAUUAAGGCUAAGGAAAUGGUGGAGCUAUCGAAAUCAAUCGCUAAUAAGAUUAAAGAGAAACAAGGCGACGUCACAGAAGAUGAGACCAUCAGGUUUAAGUCCUACUUGCUGAGUAUGGGAAUAGCCAACCCAGUUACCAGGGAAACCUACGGCUCAGGCACACAGUACCACAUGCAGCUAGCCAAACAGUUGGCUGGAAUAUUGCAGGCACCUUUGGAGGAACGCGGGGGAAUAAUGUCACUCACAGAGGUAUACUGUUUGGUGAACCGAGCUCGAGGAAUGGAAUUGCUCUCACCAGAAGAUUUAGUGAAUGCAUGCAAGAUGCUGGAAGCCCUGAAAUUACCUGUCAGGCUUCGGGUGUUUGACAGCGGCGUCAUGGUAAUUGAGCUUCAAACCCACAGAGAAGAGGAGAUGGUGGCCUCAGCCCUGGAGACAGUUUCAGAAAGGGGAUCCUUGACAUCGGAAGAGUUUGCCAAACUUGUGGGGAUGUCUGUCCUACUGGCUAAAGAAAGGCUGCUACUCGCAGAGAAGAUGGGCCAUCUUUGCCGGGAUGACUCUGUGGAAGGCUUGCGGUUUUACCCAAAUCUAUUUAUGACACAGAACUAAGAAUUUCGUAUCUGAUAUACCUUUUGUCAAUAGACUUGGUAUUAUGCCAAGGUCAUAUGACAUUGAGCUAAGAGAUGAACACAAAUAAACCAAGAAUUUGUUAGAGCUUCACAAUAUAAUAUAAAAUUCUUAAUCUUUCCCUAAAAUUAUGGUCUCAGAAAUGUAUUUAGGGUACAUAUAGGAAAAAUACAGAAAAAUGAAUGUGAACAUGCAUUUAAAGUCAUGCAAUAGUUGUGUAGAACUCUUGGAAUUGAACUUGAAACAUGGAAGAUUUUAAUUUGAUCCUUGGGUUUAGGUUUUUUGAGGAAGAAGUAAAGUUGCAUGUUUGUAUCCAUCAGAUAAUCAUUUUCUGUGACUAAACUUCACUGGAUUGUAAAUGUUUUUCUCUGCAUCUAAUGUGUCCAUCUUGGGCAUUCAUGAAGGAAGUAAUAGCUACACUGUAGUUUAAGAACCAACAGCACUGGAAUGAAAGAUCAAACGGCAGAGUGCCAUACCAGGUCUUCCUUGGUGGCUCUGGAAGCAGACAUUGGUGUGUCUCUACCAGGUCAGAUAACGCACUUUGAAAAAGGAGACAGCUAGGGUCCAGUUUACUCUGAGAGCAUUUGCCUAGAAUGCAGAGGCCUUGGAUUUCAGAUCUACCACCCAAAUAACGGGGGAAAGAGAGAGUGAGAAACGGUUAAAAGAGUGCAGCAGUAUCAUUUUGUUUAGGAAACGUGGGUUUUUGAAACUGAAUUAAAGAGCUCUAUGGACACACCCAGAGUUGUAAUUACAAGUCUGAGAGUGGGGCAGUUCUGGAAGGACAUUAACUGCAUAGGAACUUAAGUGCUCUUGGAAGCCAAGGGUGUGAAGUAGGAAAUGGAAAUGCUGGCAGGCCUCCUUCCUCCUCUCACAAGGCGUCUCAGCACCCAACUAGAAACACUCCUGUCAUAGUCCAGCCAUCUGCCCUUCUCAUGCCCUGGGUAUAUAUAAGUUGUGUGGAGGAAGCAUGGGAGAGAAAAAUAUCGUUGAUAGCAAAAACUGACUUUAUCACCUAGAGAUUGCUGGAGUUUUUAACUGAGUUGCCUGACUUCAUAUGUAUACCGCAUUGGCAUUGCCUCAAACUCAGGGAGCCCUUUUAGAGACUUAGCUCUAAGUGAAAGGGUCGUGAUAGUGUCACCUUGGAGCUACAUACAGGAAAGGGUGCUUAGGACACGGGAGCUGGAGGAUACUCUCUGGAUGAGGUGGAGACCACUGCAGAUGACCUUUGGAGAAGUGCCAGUGUCCUCAGCUGCAAACCAGGGAACUCCACCCCUGAUCCUUCCUGGGAAGUGGCUGCCCCUUGCUUCUGUAUCAUGACGUCUCAUGAGAAUGCUGUGACCAAGGCAGCCUCCCCUAGUGUUGUUUUACAAGUCUGUCACUUAUUUUCAGGUGUGGUGACAUCUCCCUAAUUACCUCAUUGCUUAUCUCAGGUUCACUUUUUGAUUAAUUCAGUGUUGGCUACCCAAAUCUUCUAGGGGUUGGUUACCAUUGUGUCAGUUUAUUAGUGUGUCACACCUCUGUCUCUCUUGGUGGCACAGCCUGUCACAUGACUCUGGCAGACUUACAACACACACACACACACACACACACACACACAUACGCACACACACACAAACUCACACACACACUUAUCUGACUGAGGUUCUUUAAAUCAACAGGUUACUGAUAAUCUCUUCCACCACUUGGAUUGGCUGUAAGGUUGUCAGGUUAUAGGAGCUGCUGACUCUAGCUUUGAUGGUUUAGAUUCAUCACAACAAACACAUAAUACAUUUUGUUUAUUUAGUGUGACAGCAAAUUAACAGAAAAUGGAGCAAUCCGAGUUGUAGAAUGUGAAUGAAAGAUAAAGAAAAAUGACAUAAAUAUACUUUGAAAAAGUCACAUUGAUAAAAAAUGUUUUUUUUUAAUCACUGUUUAUCUUUUGAGUUUUUUUUUUUCCCUUGCCAAAUGUGUUGUUUUGGUCCUUUAGGUACAGGCCAUGUUUAAAUACAAACCAAUCAAGCCCUGAGUGCAAAAAUAUUUGACUUUGGUGCUCAUCACUGUAUAAUUUUUGUUCUCUCACUUUCUCUUUGUAAGUUUAUAAUGAUAUAGUUUAGUUUCUGUAAAGAAAAGCAUUUUACAUUAUAUAACUGAAGACUGUUUCCAGGGUUACAUGAUUAGUGUUAAUGUAUAUAGAGUCAAAUUAUUGUGAAACUUUAAACUAAUUUUCUUACCUUGGUGUUCUUUUUAGAAUUCUCUGUAAAAUACAUGAAAAUGAUAAAUGAUUAGUCACACAUCCAGUAUGAGAAUUUUCCUACUUUAUAAUUAUUAAGUAUUGUUUAUGAGUUGUCUUUGAGGUUUUAUAAUGGUAUCUUAAAAAAAACAGGAAACGAGUCGUAAGCUUUUUAAAACUCAUGAUUCAGAUUUCACUGUGGACCAAUUUGGCGCUCUUGUGGAUGGGUUACCAUGUGUUCCUGGUUAUUAGACUAAGCUGACCAGAACGUGUGUUAGUCAGUUUCACACACACAUAUUUAAAAGGUUAUCUUUUGCCCAACCAUCUCUGCAUCUUCAUUGCCUAAGGUCAAAAUAAAGCAUGCUCAAAAUGA